AUGUCGAUGAUCCAAAUUCCUGUGACGUUGGUCACUCUUGCUGGGGAGAAGCCUUAUACCCUGACUUGGCAGACAUCUGUUCCUGCCGAUGAAUACGUGUCUUCUGCGCUUGGAAGCUCUCCAGAAGUGGGGGGAGUACGCUUUAAUGUUGCAAAGCCGAUGUUGGUGGAUGGCAGAGCGACUGCGAAAAAUGUGCGGCUCGUGGAGUACAACAGAGAAGGAGUUCAAACGAAGGUAUGCACUUGGGGUUGCACAGAGCGAGGAUAUGCCUGUGCCCCGUUUGAAUAUCUGAAGCUGGAGAGCGUACCUGGCAUGCUGCACUACUUGGCAUCGCAGGUGCUCACACAGCAGGUCACAACGUUUUCUGUUGUAUGCAUGAUGGAGCCUUUUCGUACCGGCUCCUUAUCCUGCGAGGAGCUCCUGGCAGUGGAGGAGGCUCCCUUCCGUAGUUCCGGCCUGAGGGAUGUGGGCGCCUUUGUGAAUCAGCACGGGGGAACGUGGGGCUGCAUGUGCUCUGCGGUAGCCUCCAUUGCUGGCAACCUCGAGAAUGGAUUCCCAGGGGGCAAGUGGGCUUGGCCCAAGUUCCGAGACACAUGGAACUACAAUCACAAGGUGUUUUCCAUGGGAGACAUUGCUCGUGAGAAGGGCUACUCGUAUAUAUUGUCAAUGGACGAUGACGUUCUCCUGCCAGCAUCAACGAUGGCGAAUGGUGUGCCUUCAGUCGAACUCUGGGCUGACGAGUUUCUCACGUCUUCAGAGAAGCAUCGACUCUUCGAAUGUUUCAGGGGAAGUCAGGUCCGCAGCCCGUGCAACAGAAGGAACGAGGCUGUCGAGGCCAUUCUACCGAAAGUCUGGGAUGGCCCUGCCUAUUACCGGCUCAUGGCGGCAUAUGCCAAGGGCAAGCAAUAUGGCCCGAUAAAUGGCCGUUUAGCUGGACACCCUGUGCGCUACAAUAACACGUGUGGCGCGCUAGCCCUUGGGCUUGCUUUAGACCAUGCUUCGAGGGAGUGGCUGCGGUGGCGUGAUGAUCACUCAUUGAUUCACGGUGAAGAUGCUUGGGCCGAAAGACGCUACUCUUUUCUCAAUGGAACAUGUUACUGUAAAACUGUGCAGUAG